AUGCCUCCCAAACUCUCCAAGACCGCCAAGCAAGGCUUGAUUCUCUCCCACCUCCGCUCCACACGCACCUGUCACACGCUCAAAGAUCUCGAAAAAGUGCUCCCCUCCGUGGCCUCGAUCAACGGGAUGCAAGUGAAGGACUUCAUCCAAGAGCUCACCGACGAGGGCAAGAUCCGCGUGGAGAAGAUCGGCAGCGGCAAUUGGUACUGGUGUUUUGGUGGGGAUGAGAAAAAAGAACGGGAGAAGCAGUUGACUCAGCUCCGGAAGGAUGUGGAGCGGGUCAAAGCCAACUGCAAGCGAGCCGAAGUGGAUUUGGCCGUGCGCAAGAAGAAGAGAGACAAAGAGGUAGCGGCGCUUGGGAAGGGUGGUGAGGCGGAAUGGGCGGCGCUGUUGGAGAGGAAGAAGGGUCUGGAGCUGGAGAGGAAUCGCCUGCUCGCUGAGUUGAAGGCGGCUGAGACUGUUGGGGAAGGGAAGGGGAUUGGGCAGAUGAGGGAGGAGAUUGACGAGUAUCGCCAGCAGGCGCAGAUGUGGACGGACAAUAUCUACAUUCUGGAGCAGUACGUGAAGAAAAUAACUGGCGGAGAUCGAGAGAUACUACAGGCAGUGCAAAGGGAGUGCUACGGCGACGAGUAUGUGGAGGGGGAAGGAUUGCGUGAGUUGUUAAUAUAA